UAACCUGUUUUUGUUUGUUUGUUUGUUUGGAUAAUCGAAAGCAGAAAUAAAAUUAUUCGUUAAAAUAACUACCCUUGUUAUAGAGAAAAAAAAUUCCAUUUUUUUUUUGUUGACUGAUUUGUGUGCUUCUAAUUGCUUGCCAAUUUUAAUUUGGAAAAACGCCUCAUCAAAAGGAAUAACGUUCAUGUUUUGAUUGAUAACAAUCAGCUAUUAUUGCAAAAGCCCAAUAAUUUGUCAUCAACAGGCCAAAUUAAAUCACCAUGCAUUGAGAUUUUUUCAGCGUUUUGUUUUGUUUUGUUUUGUAGUUGAUUUUGAUUUUCAGUUUUUAUUCCAAUUUAAUUAAAAUAAAAUAAUCGUCUGAAUUUACAUUUACAUUAAAAUGACUGUUGAUUUUCAAGAUCAUUUUUGGGGUGAUAAACAAAAUGGAUUCGAUGUCCUGUAUCAGAAUUUGAAAUUUGGCUCAUCAGCUGUGAAAGAAUUGGCCGAUUUAUUACGGUCACGGGCGUUUCUUGAAGAAUAUAACAAUAAUUUUCUCACUAAAUUAUCACGUAAAGCAAACAGUCCACAGUUUGGUACCUUCCAGCCAAUAUGGCAAAUGUUAAAAACAUCAACAGAAAAACUUUCUUCAGUUCAUCUGGAAACAUUGCAACGUCUUAAUCAAUUGAUCAAAGAGAUUAAUAAAUAUUGUGAUGAACAUCAUCGAAAACAGAAACAGAUAAAAAAUGAAGAAACAUCAACGAUUGAAGCCAUAAAUGAACUAAAAGAAACGGUAACUGCAUUGAAUAAAGCAAAAGAAUUUUAUUAUUCCAAAACGAUCGAAAUUGAUCGAUUACGAAAAGAGAAUGCAUCACAAAAGGAUAUUGAAAAAGCUGAAACACGAACAAAUAAAGCCUGUAUUGAAUAUCAAAAUCUUAUUGAAAAAUAUAGAAAAGCAAAAGAAGAAUUUGAGAACAAAUUUUGUCAUUCAUGUCAGAAAUUCCAGAAAAUUGAAGAAGAUCAUAUAAACGAGAUGAAAAACUAUUUGACAAUUUAUUCAGAAAUACUUGAAAGUGGUCAUGCACUGAUGGGUCAGGUUUAUAAAGAAUUUCGUCAUAAUUUUACCGAAUUGUCUACAACAAAAUUAUUGGAAACAUUUAUACAUUCGAAAGCAACUGGAACGAAUCGUCCAGCUGUCAUACAAUUCGAAGAAGCAAAUGCUAUAAAUUCGGCUAAUCAAAUUUCGAACCAACAUCAAUCGGCUACAAAUUCCAAUUCAUCCAUAACAACUACAACGAUGACUGGAAAUUCCAAAAAAGAUUUGAUCCAAUCAACUAAUAAUAAUAAUACUACCACAAAUGCUGUUAGUUUAUUCAAUGCAUCCAAUCCACCACUAUAUUCAUCUAGCGACCUUGCAGAAUUUUUCCCAGUAGUGUCGACACAAUCAUCGAAUUUGAAUGAUAAUUUUAAAAAAGAAAACAAUACGAAUAGUAAUAAUAACAACAACAGUAGUAACAGUAUUAUAACGGAUUUCGCUGAUCAUCAUUUGACGAAUACAAUUAAUAAUCACUCGAUGCCUUUGAAUUUAUCACAAUCAUCAUCGUCUUCUAUUCAACCACUACCGUCCAUGUCCAUUGCUUCGAAUCAUAGCACAAUUUUGGAUAAUAAUAAUAUUAACAAAAAAGAUGGGUUUUUACGUGGCAGAAAAGAAAAGAAAAAUAAAAAUAAACAAAAAGAUUUGGAUGAAGAAUCGCAAAAUAGUUUAAAAACUGGUAUCGGUAAAUUGGACAAUGCUAGUGCAGGUUUCAUGUCAAUGAAUGAUAAUGGCAAUAGCAUUAAUCGAAAAGAAUUAAUGAUUGAUUCCGAGGGCUAUACGAUUCGACCACCUGAUCCGGUUAAAGAUGAAAGCUUUUCCAGUAGUGAUUCAGAUUCUGAUGCGGAUGAAAAAGAAAAGAAAAUUUUUGUUAAAAUCAAUCCUUUGUCUACAGUAUCGAUGGUUGAUAAUCAACAAUUGAUGCUUAGCGCUGCUGCUCUUACAUUGGCACCAUCAUCAAAUACGAGCCGUCGUUCACGUGAAUCGACCAAUUCAUCACCAUCAUUGAAUCAAGAACGUUCAACACCAUCUUCAUCAUUUAGUAAUUCAGGUUUCAAUAAAACAAACGAUUUAUUCAAUCUGUUUUCAGACCCACCUAAAACAUCACAACAAUCGAAUGAUUCGAAUUCCAUGACAACUACUGUAGCAAAAACAAGCGAUUCAUUGAGCACACCAAUAAUGUCUACGAAAAUUGAUCGUUAUGCUGCCUUUAGUGAAUUAUCGAUAACCAAUGAAUCUUCAAUGAAAACAAGCGAUAGCGAACCAAUUAAAACUUCCGAUACUGCGACACCAUCAACAUCUACAUUCAAUGUUCUGCCAUUGCCACCUAAAAGUUCUGAUACUAAUUGCCAUUCGUCAUCAAUGUCUGCAUCGAUUUUGACGACGACAUCGAUUCCCUCGUCGACCUUAUCGUGUUUAAUGCCAAAAUCUACUUCGGCCUCAUCAUUCAAUACGAAUUCAUUCAGUAUCUAUAAACCUCAACAACCACCACCGCUUCCUCAGCAUCAUCAUCAUCAUCAACUAUAUAAAUCACAACAAACAACAUCAUCAUCAUCAUCAUCAUCAAUGACAAUGAAUGGAAUGAUGUCGCGAGCUGAAAGUAUAAUUUCCCUAUCCAGUGAUUUCCGUAUGACACCGAUAUCUCUUUGUUCAUCACGUGAUUCAUCACCAUUAACGAUUGGAAUGUCUGAUACAAUUCCUGUUGCAUUAGCUUUUCAAGAAUCUGUUGGUUCCUGUUUUAAAGGGAUGGAUGAGAAUCUUUCUAGAAUAACAAUUAUCGGUUGUAUUAAGAUUGCUUUUUCAGCCGGUAUAAUACAAGUGCUAACCACGAAUCCUUAUUUACCUCAAUUGACAUUCAAAUUAAAACAUAAGAAAUGUUUGGAAAAAAUAAUUCUUUCAAAAGAUCUUAUCGAACAAGUUGAUACAAAAGAUGAUUAUAAUACUUAUGAAGUGAACAUGAAUAAUCUACAAACGACAAUCAAACGUUUACAUGAUCAAACACCGAAUGCACGAUAUUAUAAUCUGGAUAUUGUUAAAUAUCAAGUUCAAUCAAAGUAUGGAGCAAAAAAUGCUCCAUUACAAAUAGUUUCUCAUUGGAAAUAUGAUGAAAAUCAAACCAAUUUAAAGAUUGAUUACAAAUAUAAUCCAUCAGCUUUCUCGGUAGCUCCACAUCCAUUACGAAAUGUUCUGUUUACGGCCAACAUUGAUUCGAAUGUUAUUUCGAUGGUUUCACAACCGUUUGGCAAAUGGGAUUCGCUUACUAAACAAGCAACAUGGAAAUAUCCUGAAAUAUCACAAACAACAGAGAAUUCUGGUCUUGGUUCAAUCAGAGCUAAAUUCGAUAUUUCCAAUGGUGGUCCUUCAUGUCCAUCAUCGGUGUAUGUACAAUUUCAAUGUGCUGAUACGAUUCUUUCCGGUGUGGAUUUUGAAUUGAUUGGCAGUGGUUAUCGUUUAUCAUUAGUCAAACGACAAUUUUGUUCAGGUCGUUAUUAUUGUGAACCAGGAACCAUAACAAAACAGCAAUAAUAUAUAGUGAGAUAUGAUAUAACAUACUUUUUUUUCUCUCAGUAAUGAAUCACCGAUCAAUAUAGUGGAUAUGUUUUUUUUCUCUUGAUUCUGGAUUAUCAUUUUUUUUCGUUUGAAUCAAAUAUUGGUUUUUUAUAAUUUUUUUUUUUUUUUGUUCGAAGAGAAGAAAAUCAAGCAUCAUCGUGAUAUUUUAUUUCAAAAUUUAUUAUUAUGCAUGCAUGUAUGUUAUUAUUAUU